AUGUGGUUGAGAGUUGUUCUCCACCACCAAAUUUCAGCGAGUGAUGUGCAGUACACCCUGUCAUGCUUUCAGCAAGCAGUGCAAAUUGAAAAUGGGAACUAG